AUGGCACUGCAAGUAAAGGAGAGCCAGCAGGUGAAGCUGGUGUUCUCAGAGCAGCUCAGCAGGCUGCAGACUAAACAGCAUCAGGACACCGAGCUGCUGGAGGAGAUCAGGAGCUUCAGUAAGCAGCGAGCCGCCAUAGAGAAGGAGUACGCUCAGGCUCUCCAGAGGUUAGCUGUCCAGUACCAGAAAAGAGACUGGCAACGAGGACACACAGAUAAUAUCACUUCUGGGAGUGUGUUUGGUGUGUGGCGGUCAGUGGUGGACGCUACAGCUCAGUCCGCCGCAUCACGACUAGCCGCUGCAGAGGAAUACCGCCGUCUGAUUGGACAAGCCUCCAGAAGUCUUCGCAAUGCAAAAGACAUCCGAGCCAAGAGAGGUCUGGAGCGGCUGCAGAGGGUGCAGGGCGAGGUGGUGGAUGCUCUGCGGGAGCUGCACAGGAUCAAGAAGAGCUACUAUCAACUCAGUCACAUCGCCAACGUUGCCAGAGAGAAAUCCGCUGACGCACAGAGCAGAGCCAGAAAGAGUGAACAUGGGAUUUUCCACUUUAAAGCAGGACUACAGAAGAUAAGUGCUAAGCUCGGCGCCAGGUUAAGAGAGUGUGACGACCGUUUGACUGAAGCUCGUAACGAGUAUCUGCUGGCGUUAUCAGCAGUCAACGGCCACCACCAACACUACUACACUGACGACCUCCCACACAUUAUGGAGCAAAUGGACGGAGAUGUUUAUGAUGACCUGAGGAGACAUUUUACCCUUCUGUGUGAGACGGAGAUGGACACCUGUCUCACCACGCACAAACAGUACAGCACCAUAUGGGACAGUGUUGCAAAGGUGACCAGAGAGAGAAAUGUUCUGCAGUUCAUUCAGGAGUCCGUCUCCUUCAGCAAAACUCCUGAAUUCACCUUCCAGCCGGCUCCUCGUGACAAGGUGUCUGCUCUGCAGGAGGUGUGUGCUUCAGAAGCAGACGGCUGUCUGGUGAAGGAGGCCAAGAAAUGGACUACAAAAGCUGCUAAGGACUACAAAAUCAUCACCCACGGAGAGAGGGCUCUCCAGAUGUUGGAGAGUCGGUUGAAGCUGUUGUCAGGGGAGACGGGGCUCAGCGUGGAGCAGAAGAUAGCAGAGGUGCAGGAGAGUGUCAGGAAAGCAAAGCUCAGCAGGCUGAAGGCCGAGGCCCGUCUGGCUCUGCUGUCUGACAGCGUCACAGGAAUCGACCUGUGGCUUCACAACGCCAUGAACCAGGCGGAGGAGGAGCUGGAGAGAGAGAGACGCCUCAGUGAGCAGAGGAAGUCCACCGAGGACUUUUCAGAGGAUGAGUUUGAGCUGACUGACUUCGAGGACUACGACGAUGAGAACGGAGACAUCUUUGCAGAUCCAGUGUCAGCGUCUGGAGUUUGCAUUUACCCUGCAGCCUGCAGAGUUAUCUACAGCUACCAGGCUGGCCAGUCAGAUGAGCUGUCAAUCAUGGAAGGGGAGGAGCUUCAAGUGAUUGAAGACGGAGAUAUGGAGGACUGGCUGAAGGUGUGUAACUCCUGUGGUCAGGUGGGGUAUGUGCCUGAGCGUUAUGUGCAGUUCCAGUGUCUACCAGCAGAGGACGCCACUCAGCUGGACAGUUCCUUCAGCUCCACCUCGUCCACUGGGGGUAAAGAGAAGGCAGGGAGCAGAGGUGUAGCCAGAGCCCUGUACUCCUACCAGGCCCAGAGUGCAGAGGAGCUCUCCUUCCAGGAGGGGGCGCUGAUCCACCUGAUCCGCUGCCGACAUGCAGAGGUGGAUGAUGGUUUCUGGGAGGGAGAGCUGAACGGACGGAUCGGCGUCUUCCCAUCGCUGGUGGUGGAGGUCCUCCAGGAGGAGGAGGAGGAGGAGGAGGACAAGGAGGAGCAGCCUCUCCCCACCCCAACGAUGCCCCCCUUCUCUCCCCCGAUCCCCAUCCCCUCCACCUCCGGCUGUAGUUCUGCUCUUAGUGCUACUCCUCCCAGCUGUGUGGAGGACAAACAGCAGCUCCUUCCUCCAAAACUCACAGACAACACCACGACAGAGACUGCAGCCAGCAGCAGCAACUCUCCAGACGUCUCCGGCGGCCGACUGAGACCAGUAUGUACUCUAAUGGAUAAGUGAGGACUGGUGAACGUGUCGAGCUCCUCCUCCUCCUCCGACCCAGAAGCCUCCAGCUCAGCCCUGAGACACAGACUGGCACUUUAAGGACCAAAGGAGCUCCAGUUUUACUGGUUAUGUGCCUUUUAUUGCAGUAUUUAAACAUACAUUUGUAUUUGUUUGUUAGUAUUUGUUCCCAUUGGCCAACUAAGAGCGCUUUCACAACUCAAGUCCUUUUUGUUCUUUGUGUUGAUACUUUUGGUUGGUUUCAUAUUUAGUCUGGUAUCUUUCACAGAAACGCAGAAAUGUACGGAAGGCCUAAACGGCCAUGCAUUCAU